AAGAACAUGGAAUCUUGUGGUUACUCCUCAGAUGACAUGGAUAACAAUAGGAAGAAUGUAGUUGUUGAGGCCGAGUGUGUGGCCACCCCACAACACCCACCUGAGGGAGACUCACGUCAAAACAUUCUUCAGAAUGACACCAAGCCUGCCAUAGGCACCCAGGUGUUUGCAACACUGGUAAUGGCACUGACGCAACUAAGUGCUGGCACGUCAAUAUCAUUCUCAGGCAUCACGCUGCCACAGCUCACUGACCCGCAGGAAAACCUCUUCCUAAACCAGUCACAAACAGCCUUCUUUGGAAGCCUGGAAUACCUAGGAGCAGCUGUUGGGUGUUGUGUGAGUGGACCACUACUAGUGAAGCUUGGUCGUCGAGUGACUCUCCUGGUAACCCUGCCCAUCACUGUGACUUCAUGGCUCAGCCUCGCUCUUUCUCCAACUGUCUGGCUGCUCUUAACUAGUCGCUCCAUUCUGGGUAUCAUCCUUACCGCUACUUUCCUAUAUUCUAUCGAAAUUGCUCAUAAAAACAUUCGUGGAAUUCUUUCUGGAAUUAUUACCUUAGCUAGAAUAAUGGGACUUAUAAUGGUGUCUAUUCUACGAUUUUGCAAGCUCGACUGGCGACAAAUGGGCUUCGUUUGUUGCGGAGUGUCUGUCAUUCCUUUCUUUUGCCUCAUCUUCCUGCCUAACUCCCCCCGUUGGCUCGUCACUCAAGGUCGUCUUAGCGAAGCUCAGAAAGCUCUUGUUUUCUUCAUAAGUAAACAUUAUGACUCUGAGCCAGAAUUACAGGAUAUCACUCAACAGAUUAUAAAUGUAGAUAAGAAACUAGACAAUUCAUGGCAACAACUGAGGCUGCUGUUUGAACCAUCAACUGCUCGCACGUUCUUGUUAUUGACUGUUUUAAGUCUCUUCGCAAGUAUGAAUGGGAGUCAUGUAAUAAUGUCAUAUUCAGUGCCCAUUUUCCAGGCAGUGGACUUCACCCUUGACCCAUACAUCAGUGCCAUCAUAUUUUACGGUGUGAGGAUUUUUGGAAAUUUAGUUUAUCUUUUUGCAAUUGACCGUCUGGGGCGCAAACCACUGAUCAUAGUUUCUUGUUCUUUGUGCUCGUUGUGUAUGGCUACUUAUGGUGUAUACUUUUACAUGCAUAAGACAGGAUAUGUUAGUGAUAUGGGAUGGAUACCUCUUACAGCAACAAUGAUAUUUAUCUUCUUUAUCGGCAUUGGCCAACCUGCUAUAUUAAUAUUGAAUGGCGAACUUCUGCCUUUAACAUGCCGAUCUAUUGGAAAUUCGGCGUUGUCCUUAACAUUAACGUGUGGAGCAUUUAUUUCAGUUUAUAUCUAUCCCAUGACAGUAGAAGCACUUGGUGAACACGGGACUUUCUGGCUCUUCAGUGGUACUAGUGCAGUGUUAACCUUUGUCAGCGCUGUUGCUCUUACAGAAACCCGUGGACGCUCGUUGGAAGAGAUCGCGGGAAAUCACAUUAACAACUGGCACCAUACAACAAGACUCUGAAAGUAACACCAAAUUGCCAUAGCCUCCCACUGUGUAUACACAUGAACAUAUGGGAUGACUCAUGCAAUCGUCUGGAGUUUUA